CUUUGUUAAUUAAAUAUACAUAUUGAAAGAAUGAAUCACUUAUUAUAUACAGUUUUAUCUUUAUUUAUCAUUGCAAUGGACGUUGCUGUCACAGAAUUUUCGGCAGAUGAUUGUAAAAUGUUGGGAUUUAAUAAAGCCAAUGUGCUUUGCUCAACUUGCAAACAUUUUACCAAAUCUGAUCUAGAAAAAAUUUAUACUACAUGUAAGGAAUGUUGUCUAAAAGAUAAUGAUUACGAAUUGUCAAAACGCUAUCCCAAAGCAGUCCUUGAAGUGUGCACAUGUAAAUUUGGACAAUAUCCACAAAUACAAGCUUUCAUCAAAAGCAAUCGACCGAAAAAGUAUAAGAAUCUCAAUAUAAAGUAUGUAAGAGGUUUAGAUCCAGUCAUUAAAUUGUAUGAUGCAGAAAAUAAAAUUGAAGAUGUACUUGAUAUACACAAGUGGGAUACAGACUCUGUAGAUGAAUUUCUGUCAACUCAUCUUUCUAAGAAUUAAAA